AUGGCCCACGUCGUGCCGGGCCCGCCGCGAGCGAGCAAGAUGGCGCGGAGAGAGUCGAAGCAGGCUAUGGACGAAGCCAUCAAGCCAGCGGCUCUUCUUCGCUCGCUCCUUGAUGACCCGAUUCGGUUCGUGGGGAGCUCGCGUGACGAGCUCAAAGCGAGCAUGAGUCUGGACGCGGCGCGUGCCGCGCAUUUUGAGGUGGUGAACGCCGAGGACGACGAGAAGCAGCCGCAGCCGAAGGAGAAGGAGGAGGCGCCUGCGCCGCGUAUGUUGUAUGCGCACCGCAUCAUACCCCGCUUGCCCCGCGCGCAUACCGCGGGACUUCACAACCGCGGCAACACAUGCUACAUGAACAGCGUCAUGCAAGCGCUUCUUCAUACGCCGCCGCUCGCGUCGGCGCUUCUUUCGCAGAGCACGCCGACGCUGCUGGGCCGCUACGGCGUGCCACACACCCAAAAGCAGGCCCUCAAGGCCGCCCACAUGUUCAAUGCCAUGGGCGUCCUCAAAGACUUUUUCGAGCGCGCCUAUGGCAGCAGCAGCGCGAUAUCGCCCACGGCCUUCAUCAACAACCUGCGCAAGUUUGCUCGCCCACUUCGUCCGGGACGGCAGGAAGACGCGCACGAGUACCUGCGCCUACUCCUCGAGGCGUUGCAGCAUGCAUCGACAUGCUUUGCGCCCAAAGACAUCAAGCCACAGGACCCCGAGCUGGCCACGACGCUCGUGCAGCGCAUCUUUGGCGGGCGCCUACGCAGCCGCGUGACGUGCCACAGCUGCCGGCACAAUAGCGACACGUAUGACCCUGUGAUGGAUCUGAGCCUCGACGUCCGCAAAGGCAUUCACAGCGUCAAGCAGGCCCUCGAGGCGUUUACCGCGCCCGAGGAGCUGGCCGACAAGUACCGCUGCGACCAGUGCCACAAGAGCGUCAAUGCGACCAAGCGCUUCAGCAUCGAGCAGACGCCCAUGGUCCUGACCGUGCACCUGAAACGCUUCGGCAUCUUUGGCAACAAGAUCAACAAGCCCAUCAGCUAUGCGGAGCGCCUGCAGCUCGGCCGCUAUAUGAGCGAGCGCACCGCCGACACGGACGCGUACCGCCUGUAUGCCAUCGUGCACCACUACGGCAGCGGCCCCAACGUCGGUCACUACGUCGCCAGCGUGCGUACGCCCGAAGGUCGGUGGCUACGUAUGGACGACUCGUACGUGUCGACUCUCUCGCAAUGCCCUCUGGACGACCCGUCCGCGUAUAUCCUCUUUUACGCCCGCGACGCAGCGACGACACCCUCCUCGCCACGCAAACGCAAGGACCACAGCGAUGUGGACGCGGUCGUAGGCGAAGCCGUGCCUCGCUCCGCGGCGUGGGACGACGACGAAGACGAGGAGGACGCAUCUCGGUCACCUCCACAUAGCAAAAAGGACGCGCGGCGUCGUAAGCGGCGAAAAAGGGCCGUGGCGCGCCUGGCUUAA